CGAUGAAGAGCGCCUGCAAUAAACGGUGGCGUUUGAGGUUGCGCGGGUUGGAACCAAUUCAAAUUCUGAGAAGCCUGGUGGGGUCCGAAAAUGGGCGAAAACCGAAAACGAGAAUGGUCCCUGAGCGACUUCGAGAUCGGGAAGCCUCUGGGCAAAGGGAAAUUCGGCAGAGUGUACGUGGCCAGAGAAGUGAAGAGCAAAUUUGUGGUUGCAUUGAAAGUUAUUUUCAAGGAACAGCUGGAGAAGUACAGAAUUCAUCAUCAAGUGAGGAGGGAGAUGGAGAUUCAGAUGAGUCUUCAGCAUCCCAACGUUCUUCGUCUCUAUGGUUGGUUUCAUGACUCUGAGCGCGUCUUUUUGAUUCUCGAAUAUGCUCACAAUGGCGAGCUUUACAAGGAACUCAGCAAAAAGGGUCACUUUAGUGAGAACCAAGCUGCCACGUAUAUUUUAAGCCUUACAAAGGCUUUGGCAUAUUGUCACCAGAAGCAUGUUAUUCACAGAGAUAUCAAGCCUGAAAACUUGUUGCUCGACCAUCAGGGUCGUCUUAAGAUCGCAGACUUUGGUUGGUCAGUACAAUCAAGAAGCAAAAGGCAUACCAUGUGUGGAACCUUGGAUUAUUUAGCACCCGAAAUGGUAGAAAACAAAGCUCAUGAUUACGCAGUUGAUAACUGGACUCUGGGUAUCCUUUGUUAUGAGUUCCUUUAUGGUGCUCCUCCAUUUGAGGCUGAGACUCAAUCUGAUACCUUCAAAAGGAUAAUGAAGGUUGACCUAAGCUUCCCUUCCACUCCUUUUGUUUCUUCAGAAGCCAAACAUCUUAUUAGUCGGCUUCUGGUAAAAGACUCUUCACAAAGACUCUCACUUCAGAGGAUAAUGGAACAUCCUUGGAUAAUCAAGAAUGCAAAUCCCAUGGGUGUCUGCAAUUAGUAUCGACUGUUUACCUGUGGAACAAAAGGAUCAGAGCUGAAUUUUACAUCUGAUAUUGCAAUGUGAUGAAAUGUUUGCUUUUUGUUUAAAUACUAAAGUAUUAUAAUCACCGUUUGAGCUGCA